CGAGAGGAUGCACCUCUGACGUAACGGCACAAUAAAGUAGUGCUAUAUAUCUGCUCGCUCACAGAAAUAUGAGAAAACAGUCUUGUCGUAGCCGGGGACGUUUAUACAUGGUUAUCCAUCACUUGGAAUACGGACGCUGAUAAGUCCCUCACCACAAUACAUUUUCAGAAAUGACCUGUGUUCAAAGUCAACAUGGAGUCCAGACCUAUGAGAGCUCCCUCUUCAGCUCAGAGUUUUUGAAUCCUGACUUCACCUCCAGGUUGGCCAUGGAUGUAACUGACCAGCUGGACCAGCUCUCCGCGCCCUCCCUGCCCAGCAUCACCUCUCUGGUCGGAGGCUACGUUGGCGAGUUUGAUACCUACUCAUGCCAGAUCGCAACAGGCGCUGCUUCUACCUGUGUGGGCGGAACCUCUGGGCAAGACUCGUUCAAGCUGGACGACCUCCAGGUGUACGGCUGUUACCCAGGAACAUUCGCUUUGAGUUACCUAGAUGAGACGCUGUCCUCUUCAGGUGGGUCAAACUGCUUCGGGAGUCCGGCAUCUGCACCGUCACCCUCUACCCCGGGGUUCCAGCCCAUGUCUGCCUGGGAUAGCACCUUCGGUCCCUGCUCCCCCGAUGAGGGAUGCUGGGGUUCAGAGAAGCCUAUGAACCAGUCUGCCUCUUUCUUCACUUUCGGGCACGAUGAGCUUUCUCCACGUGGCUCGUUGCAGCCACAGCUUCCAGAUCAGGAUCCCUUUUCUCAGACCCCACAACACAGUUCUCCGCAUCCCUUCAGCCCCCUCGGCUUGGAGCAGGGCAGCCGGGAUGGCUCAGGAAUGAUGGACGGACACCUGUCUCCUAAAGUAAGGAGCCCCACGGGAAACGAGGGACGCUGCGCAGUGUGUGGAGACAACGCUUCCUGUCAGCAUUACGGGGUGCGAACCUGCGAAGGAUGCAAAGGCUUUUUCAAGCGCACGGUACAGAAAAACGCCAAGUACGUUUGCCUCUCCAACAAGGACUGCCCAGUAGACAAAAGGCGGCGAAACAGGUGCCAGUUCUGCCGCUUCCAAAAGUGCCUAGCUGUGGGGAUGGUGAAAGAAGUUGUGAGAACAGACAGCCUGAAAGGUAGAAGAGGUCGUCUGCCGUCCAAGCCAAAAGUUGUUCAGGACUCAUUGUCUGUCUCUUCACCUGUAAACAUCAUUGCCUCUCUCGUCACUGCCCAUAUGGACUCAAACCCUGCCAGUGGAACUCUAGACUAUUCAAAGUAUCAGGAAUCAGUAUCUGGAUUGUCUGAGAAGGAGGAUGCCAAUGACAUACAGCAAUUUUAUGACCUGCUAACGGGUUCAAUGGAUGUGAUCAGGAAGUGGGCUGGAAACAUCCCUGGAUUCAGUGCCUUCUGUAAGGAGGACCAAGAUCUUCUUCUUGAGUCAGCGUUUGUUGAGCUCUUCAUACUUCGGCUAGCUUACAGGUCAAACCCUGAGACAGACAAACUUAUUUUCUGCAAUGGUGUGGUUUUGCACCGGACGCAGUGCGUACGAAGCUUCGGUGACUGGAUUGACUCAAUUAUGGAGUUCUCUCAGAGUUUACAUCGCUUGAACUUGGAUUUGUCGUCUUUCUCCUGUCUUGCCACACUGGUCAUAAUCACAGAUCGUCACGGCCUGAAAGAGCCCAAACGGAUCGAAGACCUCCAAAACCGCCUGGUCACAUGUCUCAGAGACCACGUCUCCACAAGUGCCCCUGAGGCCACCCGGCCCAACUACCUGUCCCGACUCCUAAGCAAGCUUCCGGAGCUGAGAACACUGUGCACCCAGGGCCUCCAGCGAAUCUUCUAUCUUAAACUGGAAGACUUGGUGCCACCUCCACCCAUUGUGGAUAAAAUCUUCAUGGACACAUUGCCAUUCUGAGAUUUUAUAAAUGGACAACCAUGGUGACUUAAACCGAUGAAAGAAAUGGAUAUGAGAUGUUUGGGGAACUCUUGAUGGUUUGACUAGUCAAAGGACUGUAUCGCUUACUGUUCUCUGCUUUCUUGGAAUGGAAUCAGAGAAAGAUGACAUUCUACUUGCGCCUGCAUUUGGAAACCUUCAUCACAGUCUUCAACAUUGAACUCACUAACAGACACAUAACGAGAAAUAUGCAUUUGGUGGAACAUUUUGGUAACUCUAAUCAGACAUGGGGCCUUAUUUAUAAAAUGUUGCAUAGAAAACGUCCUACAUCUGAUCUUACAAUCAUUUCUCAAAUUAUGCGUAUUUGUGAUUCAGAGAAUGAACGUGUGCACAAAAAACAUGUGUACGCCUCUUUUCGAGAUGUGAAAUUUAUAAAUCGCAAAUGAACUUGAAAUUGUGCGCAGCCGAAUAGCUUCCGAUCUCCACCUAAUUAAUGUCAUUACCAUAUAAAAGAGCACCAGUCAACGUCCGAAUGCUUUACUUGAGAAUGGCGAAUGGCAAGAAUUGCUUAGAUUUCCAAAUACCUGCAGUACUCCGAAUCUCUGCCACAAGGAAAAGUGUGUAUGUCUGCUUAGACCCUGAAGUGGUGCUAAGCACUUUUCCACGUCAAACACUGUUUUUAUAAAUAUGAACAUUGGCGUGGAUUUUUGCGUACGCACAGUUCAAAUCUGUGCAAACGCAUGUUUUAGAAAUGAGGCCCCAUGGAAUUUUAAAUCUUUGCAUAUUUUAAGCUGAAUUGAUGGUUUGAGUCAGUAGCAUUUCAUGUCAUUGGUGCAAAUCAAGAAGCUCAAAUGCUCUACAUGUGACUUCUGAAUGAAAGACAUGAUAUUCCCAUCAGUAUUACAGCUAUAUUCAGAGGGCAUAUUCCAAAUAGAAAGCAUCCAAGAAUCCAGUGCUCAUCUUCCAACUUCAAGUUAGAAUAGCCAUGGACCAAAAAUCUUGGAUGCUUGAAGAUCAGACAAAGCCUUAAAUACUCUCAAGUGCCCAAGCAUUAUCUCCCGUGAACAUGCUCAAAAAACGUGCACCAUAGUGCUUACACUGAAAACAGAGAUACACUGAUACACUUGAGUACAGGACUGAUGUGACUGCAUUCGAGGACUGUGGUACACUUGUGUAAUAAAAACUUUAGCAUAUAAGUGUAUUUUAAGAGUCAGUAGUUUAUACAUAAAGGCAGUUCAUGAAUAUGUUCUGAAAGGUCACAAGAGAUCCAGUGCAGCUACUGUACAUGUACCACGUACAGCCUCUUACAUGCAAAUACUUUGAGUAUUAUUACAGAUGCCUGACUUAGUUUAGUGUACCAGUCAAACCUUUGAGUAAUUAUAUUUGUAUGUAUGUAUUUUUAGUAUGUAUAGAUAUGGCUAGAGCUCCUCCAGACUGUAAUUCUUUUUCUCGUAAUGACAAAAUCAAGAUCGGGCAUUCUGAAUUUUUUACAUAAAUGAGAGGUAUUGCUUAUCUUUCAUUGAUUUUGUGCAGCUCUCUAUAUAAAAUAAAUUUUGAACAAAAAUCA